AUGCCACAGAACGCAGAAUCGACAACAACUGCAAAUGCUAUACCUAACGAACAUAAUGAUCCCGGACUGACACAAGGUCCUUUCUGGGCUGUAUUAAAAAAGCUAUCGAUAGACGACUUUAAAAACACUGGACAAAUUCCGUGUGCACGCAACAGCAUUCUUUCGGGAAUAGGCGGCGGAGCACUUUUCGGUAUAAUGCGUUUACUCCACUCAGGUAAUGUUGCAUUCGCGACGCAGACGGCUCUCGGGUCAUGUUGUCUAAUUGGGGUUGGAGCAUGGUGA